GCCUCUUCUACAUUUAUGGUUUGAAACACGCUACGAUGCCACAUGGACCAACAUUAUAUUUAGUUUUCUUAAUGUUCGGCUGCUGGGGAUCACAUCUAAAAGGUGUUGCAGCUGUGGUCCAAACUCAGCUGACUGUAACAGCAGCAGAGGGGGAAGAUGCUCCUCUCAGCUGUCAGCUCCUGGAAACUAAAGAUGUCCAGCAGGUCACCUGGCAGAAGGUCUUUGGGAGCAAAGAGAGGAAUAUCUGCUCCUACAGCGAGUAUUUUGGUCAAACAGUGAAUCCUGACUUUAAAGAUAAAGUCCAGUUUACAGAAGCUGGACUGAAGAAUUCCUCCAUAGUUAUCAGGAAGGUUACAGAGCAGGAUGAAGGAUGUUAUCUCUGUUUGUUCAACAUCUACCCUGAUGGAGCUCUGAUAGGGAGAACCUGCCUGAAUGUUUAUGAGCUGCAUGAUCCCGUCCUUGAUGUCAACAGAUCAAAGUCUCCUGCAGAGUCAGUUGUGUCCUGUUCAGCCACAGGUCGACCUGCUCCCACUGUAACACUGACUGUUCUACAGCAGAACCUCAGCUUCUCCCACUACAACAGCAGCAGUGUGACCCACAGCAACGGUACAGUCACCGUCACCACCACAGCUCUGCUGUCAGCUUCCAGCAGCACACAGGUUGGAUGUUCAGUGUCAGUGCUCUCUGCUGCUCCCAGAGAGAAGCUGAUCACCGUUCCUGGAUUUAAAGGAACAUCUGAUGAUGGUUCAAAAGAAAAGUCUGUGGAUUUAGACCCGAGGGAAGAGUCUGUAGAUCAGAAUUUCAACUGGAUCUACGCAGUGGUUGUAGUAACUCUGGCCUGUUCUUGUUGUCUCGCAAUCUUCACCUACUGGAGAUAUAAAACUUACAAAAACAGGGGCCCCGAGCAGAACAAAACACCACUAAUAACAACAACUAAGGAAGGGUGA